UUCAGGACUCGUUUCGACUCCCCGCCACUUCAAAAGGUAUUAUCGCACCCUGAACAAUAACUCCUACUAAGAAGAUACAACAUGAUGGCACCUCUGACCCUUACUAUCAAGCUUUGCCUGUUUAUUGUGUAUUCAGUGCAGCCUUUGCUGCUCCACCCGGCAAGCCCUUGUGCCAACCCGACGGGGAGCCAGUACGGAAACGCACACCAGGCGAUUCUUAUGACAACCCAGAACACGUCAUGAUCGAUAUCACCGGCUGGGAGGACUCAGCUGAGUUUAAUUGCUGGGCAAUGCUAUGCCACUUUGGUGGGGAACGAACAUGGCAGAGGCGGUUAACAGAGAGCGAGGGAAGGAGUCAUUACCGAGAAUCUGGUGCGUACUUUCACCCUUUCAGGGCCAACGAACUUGGGCGUCGUGGAACGGCCCAAAUUACCCCUCAGACGGAUAGUGCAGAGGAAUUCCCCUGGGAAAGCAUGCAUCGUGGUGGGCAAGAAGCUCUUUUGUUUCCUACAACCCAGGAUGAACAGAACGCCCAGGGAGGGCACCUCCAGGCUCUUUCCGCCGUAGGGGACGGCAGAUGGUUCCAUAUUACCUUUUUCCCUUCAAGGCUAUUUAAAAGAUACUGCGGUGCGCUCAUGGUUGAACCGCCUCAGAGGCCAGACUUUAGUGUUUGCAGAGAAGACAACAAGCAAAAGUUAUUUGGCAAGUGGAUUGAGCUCGCAAGUUACGUCUACAAGCGGAGACAAAACAGACAGGGGAACCAGGCAGUUAAGUUCGACCGUAUUAGCGGCAGCACCAAAAGGUCCUUGAAAGCAAAUGCACCCGAAGACUCCGAGAAGCGAGAGGCUACUGAGUAA